CUGGCAAGACAGCAGAUGCAUCUGGAUUUGAUCAGAGGCAGUAGUUGGAAUGAUUCAGAAAGGGAUGAAUCGAGUAGAAGACACUUCUUCCAUGGGUAGACUUGCAGUGUGAAGAAGGGUUUCCCUUAGCAGCCAUGCUUGAUGCAUAUGUUUUGGAUGCAUAUGUUAAAGAAGCCAUGUAAGGGGAGUCCAAAUAUUUGGGGGUAGAGGUUACUUUCUUUGACUCAGGAAAUUGCUUAGUAUAUCCUAAGAACUCUGCCCUAUGCUAGGCUAGAUUGUGAACUCUGAAAGUUAUAGGGAAGCAGAGAUUCCUAUUUCUGCUUAAUUCUUUCGAUUGAUCAAUCUCCUCUGGGAUUAUUGAGUUGACUUGAGUCCUGUGAAAUAACUGAUCCACUCCAUAUUCAUUUAUCAUUUGGGAAGAGUAAUAAACACACUCACCCACUAGGAGGUACACAGUUUAAUACUUCCAGAAAUUGUAGCUAUUGCUGAUUGUAUGAAGAUGAAAAAUAAUUUGGGCAUUCUGUCCUAAAGUAAUGCAGAACAGUGACUGUGUUCAUGGCAAACUCCAUUUAUUGCGUGAACAUGUCAAAAUGCUAAAACUAGUUUCUAGGGAGGCAAUUGGGAAAGAAAGAUUGGAAGUCGACAUUAAGCUCAUUUUAAUUUAUUUUUGAGGAUAAAAUAUACGAUAUUUCUUUUACCAAAAUGCACAAUUUAUAAGUAUGAUAACUUUUACAUAAAAUAUAUGUGACUAUAUAUUGUCUUUAGUACACUCACUUUUUAGUUAAUAGGAAAAAAGUAAGGGAGAAUUUAGCCAUUCCUAGGAGAUCUCAGAGAAUUAUAAAAUCCCCAAUACAAUGCCGUCUUUGGUCAUUAAGGAGAGCUGCUUAUUUAGUAGGGAGUUGUCUACAAGAUACUAAUGAGAGAUAAGAAGUUAUUUAGGAUUUGGGGCUUUCAAAUUGGUACAGGUUGACGUAGCUGAGCUACUAAUUUGAAAGCAUUAAUCAGAAACAAUUUCCUUUUCUCCUGUGAAACUAUUAUAUAUAUUCUGGCUUAAAUAAAAUCUGUGUAAAGACUAUAAAUUCUAUGUUGACUGUAUCUCUUGUUUUUGUUCCUUUUUAUUUUUUCUUUAAAGAAACUAUAGUGACACUGAAACUGAAGGAGAGAUUUUUAAUUCCUUAGUGCAAUAUUUUGGUGAUAAUUUGGGGCAAAAAGUUAAAGCUAUGCCAUUAGUUGAAGAAACGUCUUUACUUGAAGAUUCAUCAGUGACUUUGCCUGUGGUAAUAAUAGGAAAUGGACCCUCAGGAAUAUGCCUUUCUUAUAUGUUAUCAGGCUACAGACCAUAUUUAUCAUCAGAAGCAAUACACCCAAAUACAGUCUUACAUAGUAAAUUAGAAGAAGCAAGACAUCUUUCCAUUGUUGAUCAGGACUUAGAAUAUUUGUCUGAGGGCCUUGAGGGCCGAUCCUCCAAUCCAGUUGCAGUACUUUUUGACACACUUCUUCAUCCAGAUGCUGACUUUGGGUAUGAUUAUCCAUCUGUUUUGCAUUGGAAAUUAGAACAACAUCAUUAUAUCCCUCACUUAGUUCUUGGUAAAGGUCCACCUGGUGGGGCUUGGCAUAAUAUGGAAGGCUCCAUGUUGACAAUCAGCUUUGGAAAUUGGAUGGAGUUACCUGGACUUAAAUUUAAGGACUGGGUGUCAAGCAAACGAAGGAACCUAAAAGGGGAUCGAGUUAUGCCAGAAGAAAUAGCUCGCUACUAUAAACAUUAUGUGAAAGUCAUGGGUCUUCAGAAGAAUUUCAGAGAGAAUACUUAUAUAACUUCUGUAUCAAGACUCUACAGAGAUCAAGAUGAUGAUGAUAGUCAAGACAGAGACAUUUCAACAAAGCAUUUACAGAUAGAGAAAUCAAAAUUUAUCAAGAGAAACUGGGAAAUCAGGGGUUAUCAGCGAAUAGCAGAUGGUUCUCAUGUUCCCUUCUGUCUUUUUGCUGAGAAUGUAGCUCUGGCAACUGGAACAUUGGAUUCUCCUGCUCAUCUGGAAAUCGAAGGGGAAGAUUUUCCAUUUGUGUUUCAUUCAAUGCCUGAAUUUGGAGCUGCUAUAAGCAAAGGAAAGUUGCGUGGCAAAGUGGACCCAGUGUUAAUUGUAGGUUCUGGGCUUACUGCGGCUGAUGCAGUACUGUGUGCUUACAACAAUAACAUCCCUGUGAUACAUGUAUUUCGCAGACGAGUAACGGAUCCAAGCUUAAUUUUCAAACAGCUUCCCAAAAAGCUUUAUCCUGAAUAUCAUAAAGUCUAUCAUAUGAUGUGUACUCAGUCAUAUUCUGUAAACUCAAAUCUUUUAUCUGAUUAUACCAGUUUUCCUGAGCACCAUGUGCUUUCCUUUAAGUCGGACAUGAAAUGCAUUCUUCAAAGCAUCUCUGGAUUGAAGAAAAUAUUUAAGCUUUCUGCAGCAGCAGUAUUGAUAGGUUCUCAUCCUAAUCUGUCUUUUCUGAAGGAACAAGGAUGUUACCUAGGCCAUAAGUCCAGUCAGCCAAUCACAUGUAAGGGUAAUCCCGUGGAAAUAGAUACAUAUACCUAUGAGUGUGUUAAAGAAGCCAACCUUUUUGCAUUGGGUCCUUUGGUCGGAGACAAUUUUGUUCGAUUUUUAAAGGGAGGGGCACUGGGUGUUACACGCUGUUUAACUAUACGACAGAAGAAAAAGCAGCAUUUAUUUGUUGAAAGAGGAGGAGGAGAUGGGAUAGCUUAAAGCAAGUUUACAAGAAAUUUAAAUGGACGGUCUACCAUUAAAGUUUUUAAUAGUGGUUUUGCAGUGUACUGGCUUGAAUUUUUUAGACUCGACUGGAGGGAGAGCCUCAAGCUACAGUAACUUCAUUUUUUAAAGUUACCGGAAGUUGGUAUUCUGAUUUAUAUUGUAAUUUAUCAAAGGUGUCACUGUCAGACAAGUAGAAACACUGCCAACUUGGUAUACUUUAAGCUUUCACUUAACUAAAACAUUCUUUUCUUCCAAGACUUAUUUUUUGUGAUAUUUUUGGUAUUUCUUAUAUUUGAUUCCAGAAUAUUACAGUCUUGAAUCUAUAAAACCACAAAGUCAUUAGGCCAGAAAUUAUCAACUAUAUAGUGGGCCACCUUGUUGCUAAAAGGUGGUCCCAGGACUAACAGCAUGAGCUUCAUCUGUAGCUUGUUAGAAAUGUAGACUCAGGCCCCACAACAUAGAGUCAGAAACUGCAUCUGAACAAGAUCCCCAAGGGGUAUGUAUGUAUGCUCAGAAAAGAUUGAGUCACUGGUCUAAAUGAAUAUGGGAUAUAAGGUAUGUAUGCCGGGAUUGGGUGGGGGUAGGAGGCAUUUACAGCUCAGGUUUUAUUUAUUUUGAAAUUAUCAAUUGUAUAAAUCUAAUUUAUUACCAAAUAUGAUGGUCUUUUGAAAAUAUUUUUAUUGUUGAAGCCUUGACAGAUGCUUCAUAUUCUUCUAAUAAUUUAAACAAUCCAGUUAUGUUGGUAUACACUUUGACAUCGAAGAACCCACUAAGGUAUUGUUCAGAGAUUUAUUCUCUACUUAACCACCAUAACAAUUAAUCUGAUUUGCAAUUCAAUAAAUUGUGAAUGGAAUUACUUA